AUGAGUUCAAAUCGUCAUUGGAUGUAUACACGAAUUAGAAAUGGUCUUCUCACUGAGGAGUUUUUGGCUGGUCUUGAAACUUUCAUCCAAUUUGCUACUAGUGAACAUAGUUCGAUGGACGGGGAAAGAAUUAAGUGUCCAUGUAAUCAGCGCAAGUGUCAAAACACCAAGUUUUUAGAUGUGCCUACCGUGAAAUUCCACUUAGCAAAAUAUGGAUUUGUGUCGGAUUACUACGUUUGGCGCUUCCAUGGCGAGGCCAAUCUGAGGGUAGAUGUCGAUCAAGAUGUUGGUGCCCCAUCUCAAAUGGCUAGUGAAGAAGCAUCUAAUGCUUACCAUACAAUGGUUAUGGAUGCUGCUGGUCCUAAAUUUAAUGUGGAUGAAAUAGAAGAAUCGCCAAAUCCUGAGGCCCAGAAGUUUUAUGACAUGCUGAAAGCUGCAGAUCAAGAGUUGUGGCCUGGGAGUGACAUGCUGAAAGCUGCAGAUCAAGAGUUGUGGCCUGGGAAAAAUCACAUAUCAGAAAAAUGUUUCAAUCAAUUCACUGAACUUAUGAAAGAAGUUGCUCCAGAAGAUAAUCUAGUCCCUGAAAACUUCUACGAAACCAAAAAGCUAUUACGGGGCAUGGGGUUGCCAGUUCAGAAGAUUGAUUGUUGCAAGAACAACUGCAUGAUAUAUUGGGAGUCAGAUAUUGAUAUGACAACGUUUCCUCGAUUGCAGAGAUUGUAUGCAUCUAAUGCUACAGCAAAUGAUAUGAAGUGGCAUGCAAAUUCAGUUGAAGAUGGAAUCAUGCGUCAUCCCUCAGACUCGCUUGCUUGGAAGCAUUUUAACCGCAUUUAUCUUGACUUUGCAUCUGAAAUUCGAAAUGUCAGGUUAGGUCCAAAAAAUCCAAAAGAGAAGAUAUAUGUUUUUCUCCAAUCGCUUAUUGCAGAGUUAAACCAAUUAUGGGAAGUAGGUGUUCAAACAUAUGAUAUUUCUAAGAAGCAGAAUUUUCAGAUGCGAGCUGCCCUUUUGUGGACAGUUAGUGAUUUUCCUGCAUAUUCGAUGCUAUCCGGGUGGAGCACUGCUGGGAGUGGUAAGCAAUCGUGGUUUGACAAUCAUCGAAAGUUUUUGCCAGCGAAUCAUCCAUUUCGCAAGAAUAAGAUAGCGUUUUUCAAGAAUAAAGCGGUUACAACUGAGGCACCGCUUGUUCGGUCAGGAUAUGAUAUCCUUGCAGAGAUUGAGACUUUAGGCCUCUGA